UCCACCCUAGCCAUCCAUCACACCACCGCUCAAGAUGCCCCAGUCAAACCUACAAGAGCAGCCAGCAUCAAAGAUGCUCGUCACAGCGACAGUGACAUUCUACCUCGUCGCAGCCAUCGCUAUGGUCCUCGCUAAUAAAUGGGUGCUGGAUAAGACGACCCUGCCCUUGUUUUUCCUCUUUGUCCAGCUCGUGAUCGCUGUUCUGCUCCUGCUUCUUGCGCACCUAGUUGGCUUCCUGCGGUUACCAGCUCAUCUAGAUAUCGGCGUAUGCAGAGGACUCGCGCCGCUGGUGGCUAUUAACGUCCUUGGUCUCACAUUCAACAACUACACGCUGAAGUACGUUGACGCCUCGUUCUACCAAGUCGCGCGGGGUCUUGUCCUCCCCCUCACAGUCGGCAUUUCCUUCGUCGUCCUCCACUCCCGGCCUUCACUGCGCGUCCUCUCCGCCUGCGGGAUCGUCACAGCCGGAUUCUUCGUCGGCCUCCUGCUGGACCGCACAUACUCCACCUCGCCCGCCUCGCACGCGACUAGAUACACGUUCCUAGGCCCAUUAUUCGGGAUCCUGAGCAGCUGCACUACAGCACUCCACGCGGUGGUCAUCAAGCGCAGUCUGGAGGUCGUCCAUGGUUCCGCGCUUGAGCUGGCCUGGUACAGCAAUUUACUUAGCGCGUUUGGACUUAUCCCGCUCGUGCUUGUCGCUGGUGAAGGACCGGGAGUGAUCGAGCUGCUAAGUGGGACUGCGCCCGUCGUGGGGAUCAAUACUGGCGUCAGCGCGCUGAAGACGUUCGUCUGGGGAUCGCUCAUUACGGGCGUCAUCGGAUUCCUCAUCUGCCUCGCCGGAUUCCUAUCCAUCAAAGUGACCUCCCCCGUAACGCACAUGAUUUCAUCCGCCGUGCGUGGCGUCCUUCAGUCCCUCCUCAGCGUUUGGUUCUUCGGGGAUAUCAUCACUACCGGUCGGGCGUCGGGUAUUGGCCUCAUCCUCGCUGGGUCAAUCUGGUACACUUGGGUAAGGAAUGUGGAGACCCAACAAGCGCAGGAGCAGGCAAAACCGGUGUAUGAGCAGGUACCGAUGAAGGAGGUUGAGGAGGGCGAGCGGAGAGAUUGAGCGUUAGGAGGGAGGGCUGUCGACUUGAUGCCGACGCUGAUGCUGAGGUGUAUUGUGGUGGAUGUGGAUGGAUGGCUCGGACUGUGUGCAGCAAUAUUGCAGCUAUUCGAUACCCAGGC